GCAGUGAGGACACAAGAAGCCACGCCCACUGCUGAAAAUCGAAACCUUAGCGUUUUUAGUUUUUUAUCCGCAAAACUGAUCGUCGUCAUCCGCCAAACUUCUUCAACUGAGACAAUGGCCUUCCAGCAGCAGACGCCCUUUUAUAACCCUCACAUCCCUUUUACUGGAUCCAUCCACGGUGGUCUGCAGGAGGGGAAGACUAUCACCAUCAGUGGGCGAGUCCCACAUGGAGUCGAUAGGUUCCAUGUGAAUUUACAGUGUGGUUCCAAGGCUGAUGCUGACGUUGCCUUACAUUUUAACCCACGCUAUGAAACCCAUCCUGGCUAUGUGGUUGCCAACACCUUCCAGUAUGGCACCUGGGGCUCUGAAGAGCAUAAACCAAACACUCUGCUACCUGUCGGAUCCAGCUUUAACCUGGUGAUCACCGUGUGCCGUGACAGCUACCAGCUGACAAUCAACGGCUGUCACUUCAUGGAGUACAGACACCGGAUCCCGUUUAACCAAGUGGACACCAUCGCAGUGCGUGGGAAGGUUGAGGUUUCCACCAUUGCCUUCCAGAAUCCCACUUUUCCUGGACACAUGGCAUUUCCUGCUCAGCCGGCGUUUGCUGCUCAUCCGGCGUUUGCUGCUCAACCAGCGUUUCCUUCUUGUCCGGCAUUUCCCUCACAGCCGGCUUUUCCAGCUUUUCCAGCAUUUCCAUCUCAGCCUGGAUUCCCCUCUCAGCCUGCGAUGCCUGUUGUUCCCUACAAGAGCGUCAUCAGUGGUGGUCUUCAUGCUGGCCGGACCAUCACCAUCCAGGGGACCGUGCAUCCCAGUGCCACCAGGUUCCACGUGAAUCUCAGCUUACACUCUGGCAUUGCUUUGCAUUAUAAUCCACGCUUCAAUGAGAACACUGUGGUCCGGAACUCCAAGCUGAGGGAGCAGUGGGGUUCUGAAGAGCGGAGUGGAGGAAUGCCCUUCCACCGGGGACAGCCUUUCACGCUGACCAUCCGUUGUGAGAAUCAUUGCUUCAAGAUUAUGGUCAACGGGGUGCAGACGCACUCCUUCAACCACCGUUACACUCCUCUGCAGCACAUAAACAACCUGGAGAUUGAGGGUGACCUCAGUCUGACCUCUGUGGUGGUGUAGCCUUGAGUUACUGCACAUCAAGGACCCCCCUCAGCCUCACAUCUUCCAAUUUAUUUUUGCAAAUGGCAUAAUGAAGGAAAUAAGAUUACUGCAAAUGAAGUCAUUGUUGUGUCGCUAUAUUCAACUUUUAAGUCAUAGUAGAUGUGCAGAACGUAGACUGUCUUUCAUUAAGUUCUACGUUUUAAAAAAAGUUAACCUGUUUUUGUUAAGCAAAACAAACCUCAAAUCCACUGAAAAGCAAAAUACAGUGCACAGGGUCUAAGUGUGUGUACCAUCACCUAUGUUGCUUGUUCUCUGUUUGUGAAAAUCAUAAAAUUCUCGUCACAGUGGUUUUGAAUUUUCUUGGCUUCAGUUGAACAGUUUAUCAGGUACACGUUUAGAUUUUUGCUGAGUGUUUACUGCUAUUAGACACCAGGUGACGCUGUCCUACAUGCCCAAAGGUCUCUGGCCUCAGAUUUGUCACAGAUGAUUUAAACUAGUGAUAACUCA